CUAGCCAGCUGGACCAGAACCAGGAUGGAGCAGCAGAAACUGGACCCCCAGGACCAGACGGAGCAGAACCAGGACCAGGACCAGAGAACCGGAGCAGCAUCGUCCUCUAACGCUGAUCUGCAGGAACACUGUAUGAAACCAUCCUGGAUAGACUGCGUGCAGAACCUUCAUGAGCGCGAUCACAAACCUGCUGAAGAACUACAACGCAUUCGGCAUGUUGGAGUUAAAUCAUCCAGUCUGAUAAUUAAAGGCCAAGACAGACCAAAACAUCACCCCUGCCCGUUUUGUGGAAAAGCCUUCAGCUGCUCAUCAAAUUUGAAGAAGCAUCAAAGGGUCCACACCGGAGAGAAGCCGUACAGCUGCGAUCAGUGCAGCGCUGCUUUCACUGGAUCGAGUGAUCUCAACAGGCACCAACGUAUUCAUACGGGACAGAAGCCUUAUAGCUGCGAUUACUGUGGGUCAACGUUUGCUCUUCUAGGUAACUUGAAGAUGCACCAACGCAUUCAUACUGGAGAAAAACGGUUCAUCUGCCACGAGUGUGGAGCAGCUUUUAUGCAUCCGGGCCACCUGAAGGAUCACCAACACACUCACACGGGGGAGAAACCCUACAAGUGUUUGCAGUGCGGCGCAGGUUUCACUGGAUCGGGUUGCCUGAAAAAACACCAACGUAUCCAUACUGGGGAAAAGCCAUACACAUGUGAUCAAUGUGGGGCAGCCUUCGCUGGAUCAGGGGAUCUAAGCAAGCACCGACGUAUUCACACUGGACAGAGGCCGUACAGGUGUGACCACUGUGGGGCAGCGUUCACCCAACCGGGACACCUGAGGAACCACCAACGUAUUCACACGGGAGAGAAGCCGUACAAGUGUUUCUGCGGGUCGGCCUUCAGCCGAUCGGGCCAGUUGAAGAUCCACCAGCGUAUCCACACUGGGGAGAAAUCGUACAGGUGUGAUCUGUGCGGUGCGGCGUUUACCGAAUCAAGUAAUUUAAAGGUACAUCGGCGUAUUCACACUGGGGAGAAACCGUACGGCUGCGGCGAGUGCGGGGCAAGUUUCUCAGGACCAAGUUCUCUAAAAAAACACCAACGAAUUCACAGCGGAGAGAAACUGUACCGCUGUGAUCUCUGUGGAGCGGCAUUUACAGAGUCGAGUAAUCUGAGGAAGCAUCAACGGGUCCACACGGGAGAGAAGCCGUACGGCUGCGACCAGUGUGGGGCGAGGUUCUCUGGCUCAGGGGACCUGAAAAAGCACCAGCGCAUUCAUACUGGAGAAAAACCAUACAAAUGUGAGCAGUGUGGGGCAGCGUUCACGACAUCAAGUCAAUUCAAGUCACACCAGUACAGCCACGCUGGCAUCAAACCCUUCCUGUGUGGAGAAUGUGGAAAGAUGUUUACAAGAUCAUGGUCCCUCAAAAAGCAUCAGCUGAUUCACUUUGGAUCCGUAAAUCUGCUCUCCGGGCCUCAUUUAUGAAAUGUUUACAGGUCUGUUGGUGGAUUUGAGCAUAAAUUAUCUCAACGUCAAACUCGCUCAUUGGCCAUUAACGCUCAUCAGCUGCCAUUUGUUGCAUGUUGCCCCUGCUUCUCUCCGGAGGCCUUGGCGCGUCUAAAUCCCAUGACC